CGGCACCAACCGCUCGACGGCGCGCGCCGCCCGCGCCCUCCGAUUGGCCGGCGCCCCCCGCCGGAUGUGGCGUCACGGCGCCGCGCGGAGACGGCGGGGCAAGAUGGCGGCGCCCGGCGAGCCGGGGCAGGCGGCGUUCGCGCGGAGAAUCGACCCGGCCCGGGAGCCGGGGCUCAGCCCCGAGCAGCGCCGCCUCAUGGCGCAGGUGGAGCACGCCCAGCGCCAGCGCGUCCUGCAGCGCCGGCUCCGCAGCCGCAAUGUGCUGCUGGCGCUCGGCAUCGGCGCGGUGACGUUUGGCAUCUACGGCUACACCUUCUACUCGGUGUCGCAGGAGCGGUUCCUGGACGAGCUGGAGCAGGAGGCGGAGGCGGCGCGGGCGCGGGCCCGGGCGCGGGCCGAGGGCGCCGCCAGCUGAGCGGGAUCCCCGGCCCGGCCCGGCCCGGCCCGUGACUGAGCUGCCGCCCUCGCCAGGCACGACGGGCCUCGAGGCAGAUGCGCCUGAGGGCCUCGGGCCUGCCCCGGGCUCUGCUUUGGCCCGGAGAAGGCCCCGGGGCUCCCCGCAGGCCGGGACCCCGCGGGCAGAGCCGCCCCGGGCCGUGCCCAUAGGAAGGACGGGGGCGCCCGGUCCCACCGCUGCCCACAAUAAAUCCUCUCCCUGGAGACCGCGUCAGC